AGGAGUUAAUUUGAUUAGUUAUGAUCAGAAAAUCUCUCCCUGUGUUACCCUCAUCAGCCAGGCAUUAUCAAACUACUGCAUGCAUAAAACAAUAUCAAUAAUCAUUAUAAUAUAAUGGAGCAGAAGAAAUAUAUCAUAGAAGUUGAACCCGGCAUCGAGGCCAAAGAUGGACGUCCAUCGAUGGGACCUGUUUAUCGUAGUAUCUUUGCGAAAGAUGGUUUUCCGCCUCCCAUUGAUGGUUUGGAUUCCUGUUGGGAUAUUUUCCGCAUGUCAGCAGAAAAAUAUCCAGAUAACAAGAUGCUUGGCACUCGUGAAUUUGUAGACGGGAAGCAUGGAAAAUAUGUGUGGAUGACAUACAAAGAAGUAUAUGAUAAAGUGAUACAGGCUGGGAAUGCUAUCCGUGCUUGUGGAGUUGAGCCAGGAGGAAAGUGUGGAAUUUAUGGUGUCAAUUGUGCAGCAUGGAUAAUGAGCAUGGAGGCAUGUAAUGCUCAUGGAUUGCACUGCAUACCAUUAUAUGAUACAUUAGGUGCUGGUGCGGUGGAAUUCAUCAUAGGCCAUGCCGAGGUUUCAAUUGCUUUUGUAGAAGAGAAAAAGAUCCCUGAGCUGUUAAAAGCAUUCCCGAAUGCUGGACAAUAUCUGAAAACAAUUGUGAGCUUUGGACAAGUUACCCCUGAACAAAAAGAACAAGUCAAAAACUUUGGUUCAGCAAUCCACUCAUGGGACGAGUUCUUGGCAUUAGGGAAAGACAAAAAUUUUGAUCUGCCAGUGAAGAAGAAAACCGACAUUUGUACCAUCAUGUACACUAGUGGAACGACUGGUGAUCCCAAGGGUGUUCUGAUUUCUAACAACAGCAUUGUAACACUUAUAGCUGGUGUUCGUCGUCUGCUAGAGUCUGCUAAUGAGUCGUUAAGUGCAGAUGAUGUAUAUCUGUCAUUUCUCCCUCUGGCACAUAUCUUUGGUCGGGUGAUUGAAGAAUGUUUCAUACAUCAUGGGGGUUCCAUUGGUUUCUGGCGAGGGGAUGUGAAAUUACUGACUGAUGACAUAGGGGAGCUGAAACCUACCAUUUUCUGUGCUGUCCCUCGGGUCUUAGAUAGAAUUUAUUCAGGCUUGCAACAGAAGAUCACGUCUGGGAGUUUCUUUAAAAAUAAAUUGUUUAAUUUAGCUUAUUCAUAUAAGCUGUAUAACAUGAAGGGUGGAAGUAAACAUGAAGAGGCGUCUGUAUUAAGUGACAAACUUGUUUUCGGCAAGGUUAAGCAGGGCUUAGGUGGAAGGGUACGCAUUAUACUAUCUGGAGCAGCCCCACUUGCUCCUCAUGUAGAAGGUUUUCUGAAAGUGGUCGCAUGCUGCCACGUCCUACAAGGAUAUGGGCUGACUGAGACGUGUGCUGGAUCAUUUGUGUCACUGCCUAAUGAAAUGAGCAUGUUGGGUACGGUGGGACCACCAGUACCAAAUUUGGACGCUCGUUUGGAGUCGGUUCCAGAAAUGAAUUAUGAUGCUCUUUCAAGUACACCACAAGGGGAAAUAUGCAUAAGGGGGGGUACAUUGUUUUCAGGCUACUACAAGCGUGAGGACCUUACCGAAGAGGUCUUAAUUGAUGGCUGGUUCCAUACAGGUGAUAUUGGCGAGUGGCAACCAGAUGGAAGCAUGAAAGUUAUCGACCGCAAGAAAAACAUUUUUAAGCUUGCACAGGGAGAAUAUGUAGCAGUUGAAAACUUGGAGAAUGUCUAUGCACUUGUUCCUGCUGUUGAUGAAGUAUGGGUAUAUGGGAAUAGCUUUGAGUCAUGUCUUGUCACAGUUGUAAACCCCAAUAAGAACGCCUUUGAAAGUUGGGCCAAAACGAAUGAUGUAUCUGGAGAUUUUGAUUCCUUGUGUCAAAAUCCUAAGGCUAAAGAGUACAUACUAGGAGAGUUAACUAGAAUCGGGAAAGAGAAAAAGUUAAAAGGCUUUGAGUUCAUUAAAGCGGUUCACCUAGAUCAUGUACCAUUUGACAUUGAACGUGACCUUUUGACCCCGACGUUAAAGAAAAAGAGGCCCCAGAUGCAGAAAUAUUAUCAGAGUAUAAUUGAUGAUAUGUACAAGAGCAUGAAGCAGUGAAGGAGGGAACUUCCUUGAGACUUUAUUUGUAUUUAA